AUGGAGAGAAAACGACAAAAGGGAGAGGAAGCAACCACUCUAGGUCAACCACACGGGAUUCCACGUCGUCUACACCACGGCCUGGGCGAGCGUCGGAAGGACGCGCGUGCGACAACCACUCUAGGUCAACCACACGGGAUUCCACGUCGUCUACACCACGGCCUGGGCGAGCGUCGGAAGGACGCGCGUGCGACCCUGAAUCCCGGGGCGAGGGGCGAUGUAAUUCCAACAUAUGAGGCAGGCGUUCGAGAGCCGAGAGCUCAGAUUCGAGACAGGAAAUCCCGAGACCCAAGACAGGUGAGCCGAGAUACGAGACCCGGAGAGACCCCAUUACCCGAGGAGCCGAGGAGCCGAGACCCGAGGAGCCGAGGAGCCGAGACCCGAGACCCGAGGAGCCGAGAUUCGAGACCCAGAGACACCCCAUUACCCGAGGAGCCGAGGAGUCGAGACCCGGAGACCCACUACCCCGAGAGCCGAGACCUGGAGACCCAAGACCCGAGAGCCGAGAGCCAAGAGCCGAGAGCGAAUCAGAUAAAGCCUUCUUUGGCCACAGAAGAAAAAGCCGACCCUUCUCAUCUCCGUCUGGAUUAUGUUAUUGCCUUCGUCUCUAAUAGGCGGCAUGUGCUCUAG